GCGCACACUUCCAGCACUCAUUGGCAUCCAGAGAACAUCCUUAAAGCUCAGUUGAAUUUGAACGACAAUGAAGAGUGGACUCAUACUCCUGGUGGCCGCUUGCGUGGCCUUGGCCCUUCCCACAGCACAGGGAACAGCUCACCUGUCAUUCAGUAAUGACACAGAGGUGACUGUCACCCGUAACGGCUGCGGAGAGACCAUACUCUGCCUGGAGAUCCCUGAUGACUGCGAACCUGAUGGAAAUGCCACUUGUCUGUUUGCAUCUUUCAAUGCUACCGCCUCCAUGGAGCCCAACAGCUUCGACCUGUACGUCAGCCUCAGCGGAAUGUCCAUGGGAUAUAUCGCCUUGGCACUCACCCAAAAAGAAAAUGUGGGCAUGUCCAUGCUUUUUGUGUGUGGUAUAAACAGCACCAAUAACACCUUCUUCUUCACCACGCUGGACAAAGACAACAAUAAUGGAUCUCUUACUGCAAAUGAGAGGAAUACGACAGACAUCCGUGGCACCGUGAACGGCUCACUGAUCCAAUGUAACUUCAUCAUUCCAAACGUCAACACCACCAACGAAGGAGAGACUUUGGACGGAACCACCGCCAUCGUCAUGCUGGGAAAUGGAACUGUCAAUGGAACUAUUCCAGAAAUGUUUAUGCCCAUUCUGAUGGGUGUUCGAGUGAACCUCACCGACGCGGAUGGUGACAUCAAUAUCAUGACUCUGGACAUCAACCGAGAUGGCUGUGGAGAAACCAAACUGUGCGUGGAGUCACCGGAUGACUGCGAUCCUCAAGGUGACGAACCUUGUCUGUUUACGUCUUUGAACACCACCACCGGCAUGGGAUCCGGCUUCAACCUGUCUGUAGAGCUCAGCGGAAACUCCUCGGGAUUCAUUGCCAUGGGACUCACCCAGGAUGCAGCUGAGGGCAUAACUACCCUUUAUGUGUGCGGAAUAAACAGCAGCAAUCACAAUGAUUUCUUCUUCCUCACACUGGACAGAAACAACUCUAAUGGGAAUCUUACUCAAAGUGAUCAGGAAGUGAACGAUCUCCGCUAUGCGGUGGAUGGAACAUCCAUCGAAUGUACUUUCACCAUUCCAAACGCAAACUCUGUUACCACCAGAGAGACUUCAGACGGGUCUGUCGGCAAUGUCCUCCUGGGAAAUGGAACCCUGGACAACGGCGAGGUCACUACCUUUGACCCAACUGUGACCACUGGUCUCCUGAAUUUCACCAACCCAAAUGGUACCAUCACCCCCGCGAUGAUGUUGAUCAUCAACCGAGACGGUUGCGGGACAAGCGUCCUGUGCUUGGAGACACCAAAUGACUGCAACCCUGAAUCCGACGAGGACUGUCUCUUCACUUCUAUAAAUGCCACCGCCACUGAGCCCCUCACGGCGACCAUCAGGCUCAGUGGAAACUCGUCGGGAUACGUAGGAUUCGGACUUACCGACAACGCAACUGAGGGCACCACCUUGCUUUUUGCCUGUGCACAAAACAUGACCGAAAACGGGACGUUUUUCUUCAGCGUGGUGACCAGAAACAACACUGACGGCACUUUCAUUGCAGACGACAGGGUAGUGACUAAUGUUGGUGUGGUGAACGGCACAUCUAUCGAUUGCGAGUUCAACUUCAUCAAUUUGGAACCGAGACAGAUUGUGAACCAAACAGUUUCCACAGUCUUGCUGGGCAUUGGAAAUGUGACUGACGGUAAUCUCGGACCCUUUGACGUCUUGCUGGAGAUGCUUGUUAACCUCACUGAUCCUAACGGGGUGAUCGUUAUUGCCCCAAACGCUGGGACCACGAAGCGCAGUGACGCCAUGGUUAUCCUGCUGAGCGUUCUCACAGUCUUGGCCCUGCUCUGAGGUUAACGAGUCCAGAUGUGAGGGAGAAGGGAAGAAGGUCAUCGGUUCCAAUGAAAACACAUCACGACGUGUAUUCUAUUAAUGUUUUUACCGUCUUCAAUGUCUACUUACUCAGACGUGUGAAGUUAUUUGUCUUUAGAUAGAGCAGCAGGGCUCUGCUAAUGGGCAUCGUCAUUAUAGGAGCAGCUCAUUAGAACUUUAGGUCUGACGAGUUUGAACUGUUUGAGAAGAACCAAACCCAUGUUCCAAUUUCUUUUGUGUUCAUUUUGUGUCGCAACAGUGUAAAGUAUUUAUGGAUUUUACAUGAUCUAAAAUCAUGAAUAAAGUUGAUACUGUCAUUUUGUUCUUCA